UUUUAUCUUCUCUGUAUUUCUUUCCCUUUUCUGUUCUAGGUCAGGGAUUUAUAAGUGAUGAUGAAUACUUGGAAAUUACGGGCAUCACAAGAGAACAAUCUGGUGAAUAUGAAUGCACAGCGGUUAAUGACGUGGCAGCGCCCGAUAUUCGGAGGGUGAAGGUCACCGUCAACUAUCCUCCAUCCAUCUCCAGUCCUAAGAAUACUGGUGUUUCAGUUGGUCAGAAAGGGAUCUUGCGUUGUGAGGCCUCAGCUGUCCCCGUAGCAGAAUUUCAGUGGUUUAAAGAAGAAACCAGGUUAGCUAAUGGGCUGGAUGGCUUGAAAAUUGAAAACAAAGGACGGAUGUCCACACUAACUUUCUUUAAUGUCUCAGAGAAGGACUAUGGCAAUUAUACUUGUGUGGCCAUCAACAAACUGGGAAACACCAAUGCCAGUAUAAUUCUGUAUGAAAUACCUGAACUUCCAGCAAUGUCAGGACCAGGAGCAGUACACGAUGGCAACAAUGCAGCUUCCAGAGCGAUGGCCUGCAUCUGGCUAUCGGGCGCUCUCUUUGCUUAUUUCCUGCUCAAGUUUUGA